AUGGAUGAAAGCGCAGGACCCCGCAAGAGGAGGAAGUUAUCCGCCUCCGACGGGGCACCCUAUGUCCUGCGCCAAUUGCUCGACGAGGUCCCUAUUGAACCGGAGAGCGGAGAGUCGGACGUGCACAUUACAUGCGUAGAGUACUGGAGCACCUCUGCCGCUGAGAUCCUUCAUUUCGUCUCGUUACCGUCCGAACCCUCCGAUCAAGCCAACGAGCCCACCUUCAUUCUAGCAUCGCGACUGCAAAUCACCGGGAAACCAACUAAGAAACAUGGCAUCCAGCAGAUCGUAUUACUUCCCACCGUUAGCAAGGCUUGUGUCUUGUGCAACGGCGUCGUCACCUUCUAUACAUUACCCGAGUUGAGUCCAGCUUUCGAAAAUACUAAAGUGAACUGCCAAUGGAUCGGAGGUCUUGACUUGAAUCGCAAUGCGACUGACAAGCCGGUUAUUAUGAUUGCCGUCUCGAACCGGAUAAUGCUGGUACGCAUUGGAGAUAUUGCGCAGAGAAUCAGAAACAUCGAAUUCCCAAGGUGCUUAGCUGGAGCACGACGUGAUACCAUUGCUUGUGUCGCAGAUGGAAAUGCGUACUCACUUUUAGAAGUCGAGCAUCAGCAAAAGAUCCCCCUUUUUCCUAUUUCUUCGGUCAAUGAGGCUUUCGAAUCUGGACAUGUUGAAGAUAUCCCGCAGUCAUCGUCUGCUCUCAAACGCUCAUCUUCUGCAACACGCACUGACUCGAAAGCUGAUAAGAGUAGUGAGCAUACCAGAAGUACCAGUCUGAAUACAUUCACAGAAGCUUUCAUUGGUAACAAAGAAGGCCUUCUAUCCAAUCAAGACGAUCGGUCUAAUACUUCCACACCCGGCCCAUCGGGGAGCGACUCGCCUCGAAGGUCUACGUCAAGAGACCGGCGCGAUAUGGAUGCAUCAAAGGACUUGCCGGCCCCUCCGGCUUCAGAUUCGAUAGAAGACAAACAGAAGCCGCUACCUCCAGCUCCAAAAGUGGAAGUUGCUCGUUUAAAACCGCAUAUAGUCUCUCCGACGCCAUCUGAAUUUCUCCUGGUUACUGGGACCAAAGAAACCGAACCUGGAGUUGGCAUAUUUGUCAACACAGACGGCGACGUUGUUAGGGGCACAAUGGAAUUUCAACAAUAUCCCGAAUCUAUCGUACUAGACACCUCAACAGACACGAAUCCCACUGCAGGAAACACAGGUUUCCAUGAGGGCUUUAUUCUUGCCAUCCUUGAUUUGAAAGCCAAUGAAACUACAAAUAAGUAUUUGGAGAUACAGCGCUGGGACGUCGAGCCAGGAGAGUACGGACGUAAGAAAGCCUUGGUGGAGAUACCUACCGCCGUAGGCGAUGCGAAGACCGGUCAUGUCGGUAUUCGACACACGGCCGGUUCAAGCAAACUUAAUUUCUUUGAGCUCGGGGAGACUCUUCGGAUGGUUAAAUUGAAAACACCCGAUACGGGAGGCACUUAUAGUCCUCCUCAAGAAGCCGACCCGCGAACAGACGAAACCAUUGAACAGCUCCGCCAAGAAAAGGAACUUUUUGAGUCUCAAGAACUGACGGAUUCGGAGUCUGGCAAAAAGCAGGGCUCUCCUCAGACGUGGGAACAAGAGAGAACCAAAGAGGAGUCUAUCUUCGCUCAUGGUCUCGGAAACAUUCAGAGCCAUUUGGUUUUAUGGUCCGGGAAUCGGAUAUGGAGAGUUACCAAAAACCCGAUGCCUUUGCAACUUGACGGCCUACUCCAGGAUACGCAAACUUGGGAAGAUGGCAAAUUCAAAUCAGUCGACAGGGAAGCGGUUAUCGAUCUGUUAGAUUCGAUGAAAUCUAUUGACCCUACAACUGAAGCAGAAUUCCUCGGUUUGGGAUACGUUGAACAAAAAGCAGGUUUAAUUCUCUUUGCAGAUCUACUUUCCAUGGAUCCUGAUAAGAGAAGCGAGACAAUAAUGCAGGCUACCGAAGAAGUUCUCGUGGGCAGUAAUUUAGACCCACGCCUUAUUCUCUUCCUUAUUCCCUUCCUAGCAAACGAGGUUCUCCAGGCAAAACAGGGAAUCUGGGUGCAUCGUGGUUUAGCACGGGUAGCAGAAUUCUACCUCGGCCAUUUAUCGGAAUCAAACGCGAUGUCUAUAGUUCCUGACGAUGCCUUGCUCAACAUGGUCAAACGCUAUCUUAUGGCAUGGCAGAGGAAAAGGGGGUAUGGGAGUGUGACAGAUGAAACAAACGUAUUCGAUAGUGUUGAUGCAGCUCUUCUGCAUUUGAUUUUGGAGCAAGAAGCUCGGGCAAGGAUGGCAUCUCGACCAGUAACAGCAGCCGCUCGCAAUGAAUUGAACGCAUUGGUUGAUUUUUGGAAAGGGAACUUUGACCGUGCAGUAUCGUUAUUAGAGAGGUACCGACGGCUUUUUGUCCUCAGUCGACUUUACCAGAGCCGUAAAAUAUCAGGGAAGGUUCUGAGGACGUGGCAAAGGAUUGUCGAUGGAGAGAAAGACGAUGACCCAGAGGUCACGGUUCAUGGGGUAGAGGUGCAUGUUCGAAGGUAUCUUUGCAAAGUGCGCGAUCCACAACUUGUCGAAGAAUAUGGUUCAUGGCUGGCAUCACGCAAUCCUAGCUUGGGUAUACAAGUCUUCUCAGACGACAGUGCUCGGGUCAAGUUGAACCCCGAUGAAGUUGUAAACCUACUAAAAAGACGAGCGCCCAAUGCUGUUCAAGAUUAUUUGGAGCAUCUUGUUUUUUCUAAAAAUCAAACUCAAUACGCGGAUGACCUCAUUGCAUACUAUCUCGAUACGGUCAUCAAUGUCCUACAGUCAUCUCCUGAAGCGCGGGCAUCGCUCAGAGAAUCCUAUUCUACAUACCGUGCCUUACGUCCUCCUAAACCCACCUAUCUUUCUUUCAUCAACGAAAACACUCCACAAGAGAGCUGGUGGCAAUCACGCCUUCGACUUCUACAGCUAUUGGGUGGCCCCAGCACUGUCUUUACCUCUGCUUCCGGAGCGAGCAACCUGUCAUACUCCGUUUCAGCCGUCCUUGCUCGCAUAGAGCCCUUCCAAGACGAACUAGUGUCAGAAAGUAUUAUUCUAGAUGGUCGCCAGGGCCGACACAAGGAGGCAUUACGUCUUUUAACACAUGGGCUUGGUGACUACGACUCAGCAAUACGAUAUUGUAUCUUUGGUGGAAUUUCGAUAUCUCAACCUGCCGCUACUAUCACGCUACCACCCACAACUGAAGACAUCACAUAUACACAAUCAGCAGAGUUGUUCAAAUAUCUACUCUUGGAAUUCCUCCAGAUCGAUGACGUGUCAGAUCGAAUUGAGAGGACUAGCGAUGUACUUGCUCGUUUUUCGCGCUGGUUCGAUGUUAAGGAAGUACUGGCCACAAUCCCAGACGACUGGAGUGUCGAUAUUCUCAGCGGUUUUCUGGUGCAUGUAUUCCGGGAUCUCGUCUCCCAGGGUAGAGAGGCACGGGUACAAAAGGCCUUGAGUGCUAGUCUUAACCUUCAGGUAGGCUUAGAAUACUCGGAAGACGUAGAAAAGCGAGGAGGCUGGAUUGAAGAUGAUCAAGGAUUGAGAAAUCUUAAAUCGACGGCUCCAAGCGAAGCUAUCACUGUGGAAGCUGACGGAGGUAGCGAAGAAGAAUUUGGGGAGAUGAUCGAUGCUGCAAAAUAG